UAGACACCGAGGUGACUUAAAAACUGAAUGCUCCGGCGGUCUUUGAAGAUUUUCCCCAUAUCGUUCCUCCGUAGGCCUUGCUCCUUUCCUUCAGUUCGGGGGAUACGGCGUGGGACAUGCUGAUCAAUUCAGAAGAAAGGAUCACCUCCGCCUUUCGCGCUGGAAGAGCCAACCGUUCUCAAGAGGAUCAAAAUAAUUAGAGCAGUGUUUCUAGUCGGAAGAUUAUAGACCCGGCACAACGGAUCAUACUACUCGCUAAGAUCUGAAGAGGGGGACCCUCCUAAUACGGCGAAAAAUUUGGUCAUACCAGGUCCUACUCAGCGGCUGUUAGCUCGUCGACGUUCCCCGAAAUCCUGGGGAGAUUUCUCUCUCUUCUUGAAGAGAACAUCAGAAAGCAGACUUCUCUGGUGGCGCUAUCUUCUGUCUUCCCUUCCCCCCGGCUAGAAAUGAGGUCUUCCAUGACCCAACAUGGCGGGGAAAUGAUUCCCGCUGGAGUCCCAAAUAGUCACUGACGAGCUUUCACGUCCGCCGGGUGGACGUUAAGGGUGAGAUAUUCUCUCAGGGCAGCGCUGUGUGGAAGUUUUCACCAUGAGCAAUAUUUACAUCCAAGAACCGCCAACCAACGGCAAGGUAUUAUUGAAAACAACAGCUGGAGAUAUUGAUAUUGAAUUAUGGUCAAAAGAAGCUCCCAAAGCAUGUCGGAAUUUUAUUCAGCUUUGUAUGGAAGGCUAUUAUGACAACACCAUAUUUCAUAGGGUUGUACCUGAAUUUAUAAUACAAGGUGGUGAUCCAACUGGUACUGGCUUAGGAGGAGAAUCUAUCUACGGAGCCCCUUUCAAGGAUGAAUUCCAUUCACGGUUGCGUUUUAUUCGACGAGGACUCGUUGCCAUGGCAAAUGCCGGGCCUCAUGAUAAUGGCAGCCAGUUCUUUUUUACUUUGGGCCGUGCGGAUGAACUUAACAACAAGCACACUAUCUUUGGAAAGAUCACUGGAGAUACUAUAUAUAAUAUGUUGCGACUUUCAGAAGUUGAAAUUGGCAUGGAUGAAAGACCAGUCAAUCCAUAUAAAAUAACAAGCACAGAGGUUUUAUUUAAUCCUUUUGAUGAUAUAAUUCCAAGGAUGAGUAAAAAGCUGAAGAAUGAGAAACCAGUGGAAGAAGUUGAGAAGACAAAAUCAAAAGGCACAAAAAAUUUUAGCCUGCUUUCAUUUGGAGAAGAAGCUGAGGAGGAAGAAGUAGAAGUCAACAAAGUUAGUCAGAGCAUGAAAGGAAAAAGCAAAAGUAGUCAUGAUUUACUGAAAGAUGAUCCACAUUUGAGUUCUGUUCCUGCCAUUGACAGUGACAAAGGAAAUGAAAGUGAUAAUUCAGAUCAGGAUGAAGAGGAGGGAUAUUGUGAUGAAGAUGAUGGUCUUGAUAAUGAAGAAAAGAAUCAGAUGAGAAAACGAGUUGUGGAGAAGUUAAAGAAAAAUACUGAUAUACCUGUUAAAAAAAUAACAGAAGGAGAGCAAAAGCAGAAGAGUAGCCGUAGUGAGGAACUACGGAAGGAAGUUCGCCAGUUGAAACGUGAACUAAUAAAGGCAAAGCAAAAGAAAGAAGAAAAUCCCUCAAAAGUGAAAGAGGAUCAGUUUGAAGAGGAAGCUGCUCCAAACAGCAUUGUUGCAGAAUAUCUUGAAGAAAAGAAGAAAUAUGAAGAAUUAAGGAAGCAGCAACCAAAGAAAGGAACUUCUCGUGAAGAACAGACACUGGCAUUACUGGAUCGAUUCAAAUCAAAGCUAAACCAGGCAAUAUCAGAAACACCUGAAGAUGAAGUACCUGAACCUGAAGUGGAGAACGAUGAAGGAUGGAUGUCACAUGUGCUCCACUUUGAGGAGAAAACCAGAAAAGUAAAAGAUGCAAGUGUGCAAGAUGAAGACACGUUUGAAAUUUAUGAUCCUCGUAACCCUGUUAAUAAGAGGAGGAGGGAAGAAAGCAAAAAGAUUCUGAGAGAAAAAAAGGCGAGGAGAUGAAAUGAGUGGUAAAACUCACCAGAUUCAGCUUGGAAAAGUACAUCAUGCACUUUCUGUCUCUGCAGAAGUUGGUGUCCCAAAAUAUAUCACUUACAAGGUGUGAAAAGGAAUCUGGGGUCUAAUUUGGAAGCAGUGCUAUCACCUCUGUUUUGUGAAUUCUGAUGUAAAAUAAGCAAGUCUUCUCAGUAAAGUCCUUAGAGUCUAUUUUUAGUCAUUAUUGUUAAUAAAUAGUUCAUUUUCCAUACUCUGUUCCUUUUUUAUGUAUUUGCAUUGUUAAAUAGAGGAUUUUAUAUUUACAAUCUUCUUGGAACACUGAAAACUUUUUCCAGAAUGUAGAACAAAAGGAUUUGGCAUUGGAAAAAUAAUGUUAUCGCUCCUGGUAACAAACUUGGACAUUUAAUGCUUGUAGACUUGGAGAGAACCAGCGGAGAGUAUCAGCAUGCUCAGGAAAACCCCAAAAUUGGAGAAUAAUAGCAACAACUAAAACCUUCAUGGAAGUAAUAGACGACAAAACAAAAGUUAAAAAUAUCUAGGGUGAUAAAAGAUUGGCCAUGCUCUUUUGUCAGAACUGUACUUUGAAAGAAGUGUAGGAGAGAGGCACAGAGAGUAUAGGAUGACCAGUACUAAUUAAUAGAAGAGACUAUUUGUAGCUCAGGGUUGAACUGUGAGGUCCUUGCUGCUCUCUUGGUCUUACAGAUGUUUCAUGAUGUUAACUGUGCACUGCUGAUGUUACCUAGUUGGAUAAUAAAGAUCUGCAAGAAAAUAACCAAACUCAGAGAGCACCAAGGACCCCGAAGAAAGACUAGUUCUAAUUACAUAACUUGCAAGGCUCUUGCAACUCAUUCUCUAACUGCAAUUUCAUUUACUGUUCUUAUUUCUGAUGCCAAACAUAAUCUGUAGUACAGUGUGUGAAAAGGAUCGCAAUCUUGAUUUACAUCUGUUGUCUCAUAUAUUUGGAAUCAGUGGCUUACCGUUUUGAUCUUAAUCACUUUGGAAGCAAGCUUCCUCACUAAUAAAAAAUUUCUA